UCUCCGGCCGGCGUCUCCGGCCGGCGUCUCCGGCCGGCGUCUCCGGCCGGCGUCUCCGGCCGGCGUCUCCGGCCGGCGUCUCCGGCCGGCGCAGAUGAGCGAGGACCCGUUCGACGCUGCUUGCAGCUUUAAUGUUUUUUGUUUGUUUUCUGGCUGGCAUUGCCGUCAAAAUAUUGGUUGGAGAUAUAGAUGGGGGUGCAAAAAAAACUGCCCAGCAAAAAGGCGCAUUUUUUUGCGCCCCCCUCUGAAUGGCGCCUUAGGCGGCCGCCUAUACCGCCUGUAGGAAAAACCGCCCCUGAACGUCAGUAAACAGCUGGACGAGGCUUUGAAAUCACGGAGUUUAAAAACAUUUUUUUUUAGGAAACGUCGGACCAGUUGUGACGUCAUGUUUUCAGCAGCGUUAAUGUUGUGGUUGAUCACAAAACAACGUCAGGGGACAAACACCGUCAUGAUCUGUGUGUCUGAUGCUGCGGGUCAGAGGAGAAGGAGGUGCACCCGUUUGGUGGCGCGAGGAGCACUGCGCGGAGGAGGAAGUGGAGGAGGAGGAGGAGGAGCGUGGCGGGGGAGGGAGAGGAGGGGGGGCCCGUGAGCGUCGCGGAGCAUGUCAGGGCGAAAUUCUCACAAGAACUCAAAUAAAUGCCCCGUCGGAUGAUAAAACACAUUUGGGGGGACUUGAUGACAGAGAGAGUAACAUUUAUUCUUAAAUACGGAUGAAUAAAAAAAAUGUUUCUCCAGCAAAAAGGGCACUUUACUCAUCCAGGGCAAAGGGGCUGGUGCUUGAGCACCACUAGGGCUCUAUCUGUGCACGUGCCUGGUUGUAACUGUGUAUUUUCAUACUUCUAAAGAUAUAUUUAACCGAACUUUCUUUGUUCAAAUCACAAAUCAAAACUAGUAUUUUGAAAAGAGCUAUAGAAAUGUAAUGUAUAAUAAUAAUAAUAAUUAUUAUUAUUAUAAUUAUUAUUAUUAUACAGAAUAAUAAUAAUAAUUAUUAUUAUUAUUAUUAUUAUGACCAAUUUUACGGCAAAAAUCUGUUAAUAUGAGAUAUGAAUGGGGGCGGGGCCAGCAGCGACAUUGUCCGAGGCUUGACAGAUUGAUGGCGAACCGUCCAAUAGGCUUGAAGUCGAGGACUCCAUUAACCAAUCAGAAGUGAGAUGCCGACUCGGACCCCGCCCCUCCAUAUAAUUAAACCUAUACCAGCGUGGUGGUGGAGGUGUUUGGAGUUAAGACGAGAAGGCGUCGGGGGGGGGGGGGAACAAAUAAGUGUGGUCACCUCGCGACUUUCCGGGCCAUUAAAAUACUCUCCAGCCCGAAAAACUAAAAUGAAGUACACUUCCAGGUUUUCUCAGAAGACGUAGGGAGUUGACGUUAAUGUAACUUUUUUUUUUUUUUAAACUGCAGCCGCUUCCUUGUUCGACAACGGGGUGAAAUAUCUCAACAUCCUCACAAAGAAAACUUUGCUUGCUAGGCUGCUAACUCGCACGCAAGCAAGAAAAGAAGUAUGAUGCCCGCCGGAGACUUUGUCACGCGCCGUCUGUAACGUCUCCUCGCUCGAGCUCGGCGUCACUGGUGAUUGUAUUUACUCAGAAAUGAUAUCUAGAGGACCGAAGACUGACUUUUGUAACGGUUUCUAGUAGCCAUCAUCCCCAGUGGAGGAAGGGCUGCAGCUGGUCGUACAGCCGCCGCACACAGAGCCCUCCGCCGGGCAGCACCUCUCCGCUGGUGUGCACUUCGCCCGGAGCCGAGUAGUCCCAGAUUUGUUUCUGCUAUCAAGAUGUCUGGUCGAAAUGGAGUCGGGCAGAACCGGGGAGCUACUUUAGGUCCACAACCCCUCAAGGCGACUAUUCCCUAUCAGCUGACCGGCAUGUCUCGACCGAACCUGAGAGAUGGAAAGUCAGCUGGAAAGCCCAAACCACAACAGCUGAGCUCCGGCAUGAGGCGGACGAUGUCUCUUGAUGCCAUCAUCGGGCCGUACCUGCAGGGACACUGGCCCAAAGAACCAGAGGGCCAGAUCCGCCUGUCUCGCAAGGACAAGUCAACCCAGACUCCGGACUCGUGGUUUGAUAAAUCUGAGAGCAGGAGAGGCGGCAGCAGCCACCAGCGCUCGGCAUCGUGGGGCAGCGCUGAGCAUCUGCGAGAGAUCGCAAAACUAAAACAACAGCUGCAGCAGCGCAGCAAACCUGCCGUCUCAGGGGGGCAUGACAAAGACCGCCAGCGUGGAUACCCCCAAGGGAGCUGUAGCCUAGGAACCAAUCAGACUCAGCCAAUUUCCAUCCCCCUGGCGCCCCUGUCUACUUUGGUCCCUCGACUGCGCUGCAGCGUUGAGGGCCUCAACCAGGAGCUGGAAGGCAUGUUCAUCUGCCAGCCUCUGCAUCCUCCGCACAGGAUCCUUGAGGUUCCAGACGGUCACCGGGCUCCGGUUCCUCCGCAGAGCUGCAGCAGUGGAUCUCAGAGUGACAUGGCCACCACACCUUUUUCCUCCUCCUCCUCCUCCUCCUCCUCCUCCUCCUCCUCCUCCUCACCCAGCUCCUCUCCAACAAACAUCUCCACCUCCCCACCCCACCUCGAAGAUGCACCACUGGAUCUGCACCAAGACGGUGCAGAGAUGUGCCUCCUGUCUCCGUCCUCCUCCCAGAAUGAGGCGGAGGUCUCCCUGCCUCUGCUGAUGUCGUCCUCCCCAGGGCCCAACAAGAGUUGCUGCUUCCAGAGAGAGCCACCGGAGGGCUGCGAGAAGAUCAGAGUCUGGGAGGAAACCAGCACUCCACGCCAACAUAAGCCAGCCCUCCUCUCCUCCUGCCCAGACCCCAACAAGGUAAACUUCAGCCCCCAUGGGGGCUCAGCCUUCUGCCCUGUCAGCCUCCUGCACCCCUCCAUGGACCUGUUGUUCCGCAGCCUCGCCGUCUCCCCGGUGGGAAGUUGCUCGGGCCAGGAAUCGAGCGCCUGCCAGGCAACGUCCUUUGGCAACCGGGCAGCUCCUCCAGAUCCUCCCUCCGCCGCCUCUGUGAUGGGAGAAAGCUCUGGGGGGGGGUCUCGCUUUCUGAUUCCAGCUCCGGCAAAAAUAUUUCAAUGAUCUGGGACAGAUUUGUUGAUGUCUCUUUAUUUGAGAAAAGGACCUUCGCUUUUCUAUCCAGAUUUAAAAUAAUCUUAUGUUGAAAAAUAAUAUUGGAAAAAAUAAAUAAUAUCUUACUCGUAUGCAAUCCAAUGGAUAUGCUUUAUGGGCUACUUGUUUUUGGUGUCCGGGCAUUGUGAUAUUUCUAAAUUAAGGCAUUUCUGUCAUUUCAUCAUCCAAAGAUUUCUAUUUUUGGCCAAACACACGUGUGAGAUACAGGGCUGUCUUAUUCCUCUCUUUACUCUGACAUGAGAUUUGUUGGAUAACUGACCCCCUCACAUGCUUCACCUAUUUCUGUUUUCCCCAAAGAAGUUAUGACACACACUUAUACGAUACUGGUUUUUAAAUUCUGACCGCAGUGCGUCAUCUCUGUCCAAAAUGUUAGACGUCUGGGUCAAGUAAGAAAAACACUUCCCAGAUAAAUUUGCUUGUUUUUAAGUAUUCAAAGAUAUUUAUCUGCAAUUAUUUUUACCUAACUUGACCUUGCACCUGUUGCUGGUGUACAAAGCACGACAAAUCAGUUGGGUAUUUUAUAUAUACCUGAUUUAAAAAAAAUUAAAAAUAAACACAAUGAAAUCACAUUUUGACUGAAGGGUAUUUUCCAGUUGUUGGACUUGGGUAGCAUUUGUAUCUAAAUGCUUCCGCUCAUUCAUUCCUGCUGUAAAAGUUGUACAGAUGUUAUUUGUGUCUUGUUUACUGGGGGAGGAGAUGCAUAACUUCUGCAUGUGUUCAUGGAUUUAAAAACAAACCCCGCUAGUCCUCGAUGUUGUCGAUGUCUGCUUGCUGGUAUGUUUAUAGAUUUGAGGUUUCACCGCCUAGUUGACUACCUAACCAGUAGUGGUGUAGAUAUGGCAUCUGUAAUAUUUCUCUGAAGAUGUUCGUGUUCUUCUGCCAAGCUGUUCAAAUAGUUUUAUUUCUGGUAGACAUGUUUGCACAAAUUGAACUGCUACUUUCGAGUCGCAAUUCAUAUUUUUUUAUAUUCACUUUUGUACUUUUAAGAGUAGUAAUGUGUAUUUUCUACAUCUUUUUUUCAAUUACCUGCAACAUAAGCUAAACAUAAAUAAAUAACCCUGUUGCUUUUAGUUUAGUUUUGUCAGUAUAAUUGAGGCCGGUGUUACAUAAGAUACUGUAUCGGGUGGAUUUUUAUGCACUUCCAGGAGAGGGUUUUAACGUGGAGGAGAUGUCUCUCUUCCUUAGUCCUGGGUUUAUUAUCUCUGACAUGAGUUGUUUUGUUUGUGUGUGCUUGUGGAUGGAAAGUUAACUAUAGUAUGAUUGUUUGACUUAUAGUUUUAGUAUCCUGGUUAAAUACUGAUUGCUUGAAACAUUGUCUUUUUCCAAAUAAGCCUCAAUUUCAAUGUUUUAUGAAUCUGUGUGGAUGCUGGGAGAUGUGCUGUUAUCUCAGGUUCUGUGUUCUGUCCACAUAAAUAUAUGAUUGAUAA